UUCAUCAUUGAAUUUCAAGACAUCGGUCAGUGAUGUCAGUCCUUUCGGAACUCAGCUAGCGAUCUCUGGUUUACCGGGGUGUAUUUAUAUAUAUAUGUUUGUAUAUAUUUUUCUACCUUUUUAUCAUUACUGAAGUGACUGGAAGGAUAAUUAUCCCAGUGAAAAUUAGUGCCGAUGUCUCUCAUACAGGUAUCUCGGGUGUUAUUGAGAUGUCAGCAACACACCAUACCCGGUCGGUUGAAACUUUGGCAGAUGGACACCACAAUUAAGACCAACAAAAACAUUUAUUUUGGUUGCUUGCGAUAUUCCUCCAACGACUCCUCAAAGCAUGUCAGCAUUGGUGAUAUCAAGAAAGUGCUUAAACAACCACAGAAUCCAGAAUUAGUACCGGUUAAAUACAUCUGUUCAAACCCAUCACAAGCUGUUCUCCGGCAUUUAAGAUGGAUAAUGCAAAAGGAUCUACUGGAACAAGAUGUAUUUUUGAUUGGCUCCCCUGGUCCUAUCCGAAGACAACUGGCCAUGAUGUAUUUGGAGCUGACAAAACGUGAAGUAGAAUAUGUAUCUUUGUCCAGAGAUACUUCAGAAUCUGAUCUUAAGCAACGGCGUGAAAUUCUUGCAGGAAAUGCAUUCUAUGUUGAUCAGUGUGCUGUGAAUGCUGCUGUAAAAGGUCGGGUUUUGGUUCUUGAAGGCAUUGAAAAAGCUGAAAGAAAUGUCCUUCCUGUGCUGAACAAUCUUUUGGAGAAUCGAGAAAUGCAACUUGAAGAUGGUCGCUUCUUGGUAGCAGCAUCACGCUAUGACCAGUUGUUGGAAGAUUAUUCUAAAGAGGAACUAGACAAACAGAACCUAGUUCGGGUCCAUGAAGAUUUCAGAGUGAUUGCCCUUGGUCUUCCUGUUCCUCGUUACAAAGGCAAUCCUCUUGAUCCGCCCUUGCGGUCUCGGUUCCAAGCUCGAGGAAUUUCUGCGUUACCAUUUAAAGAACAUUUAGAAAUGUUGCAGGAAAUUGGACCAAAGAUCUCAUCAAAUAAACUAUCUCUGAUGUUAUCUUUUGGUACAACACUCCUUACUGAGGAAUCAGUUUCUCUUGGUUUACCUGACUUUCCCAUUGAUAAUCUUUCAGCUAUGAUAGCUGUUCUAAAUAGUCAUCCACACCUAUCACUAACAGACGUGAUUUAUCGUAUCUAUCCUUAUAAUAUGUUUCUCAAUAAGGAAGGGAUUGCUGCUGUGGAAGGGACCAUGAAGAAAUUUGAUUUGGUAGAUCACCGAAGUAGGGAGGCUAUGGAUGUCACUAAUGUCGAUAAAUCUGGUAUGUACGCUACCGUUCACAUGAAGUCCGGAUCAGACACAUCUCAUUGUAAGGUACCUGCUGGUCUUAAUGAUUUCAGUACAUCAGGAACUGAAAGGUUUGUCAAGAACACAUACCAUAAUGGAAUGUUAGCUGAGAUGUUACAGUCCCAUCAAGUCCGGGAUUUCUGCUUGAUUGGACCAAAGGGCUGUGGUAAAAGUGUUUUGGUUGAAAACUUUGCGAAUUACCUUGGAUAUCACAUCGAACCUGUUCACCUGCACCAGGAUAUGACCUCUAGGGAUUUGUUACAGCAGAGGUCAACUCGUCCAAAUGGAGACACAUUUUGGGUGUCAUCCCCUCUGGUCAGUGCUGCCCUUCAAGGUAACUUAGCUGUCCUUGAUGGUGUCCACCGUAUCAACCCUGGUUCAUUUUCAGUCAUACAAAGAUUGAUCCAUGAUCGGGAAUUGCAGCUUUAUGAUGGUACCAGACUCUUACAUGCUGAUCGAUAUAAUCAAAUUAAAGAAUCCACUGGCAAAACUGAUACAGAAUUGAGUGAAAGUGGGAUUUUACCAAUUCACCCAUCUUUCCGGAUCAUUGCACUUGCUGAGCCACCAGUAAUUGGUAGCACCAAACAGCAGUGGCUGUCUCCAGAGCUUUUAUCUAUGUUUCUUUUCCACCGCAUCCGACCAUUGGCACUCAUUGAAGAAGAGUUGGUCCUCAAGACACUGGUACCAAACUGUCCAGAUAUGACCGUCCUCUUGAAGUUUGUUCAUAAUAUGAGAGCUUCCACUGAUCCUGCUUUUGUGUCUUUAGCAUCCUCUCUAUCUACACGGCAGUUGCUCAGAAUAGCUCACCGAUUGGCUAAUUUUCCUAGUGAAGACCUUGGUUCUAUCAUACAAAAGGCUUGUCUUUCAAAGUUCCUACCUCGAAUGGUACGAUUGUCUUUAGAGCAGGCACUUCAAGAUGCUGGUUUGGAGACAUCAACUAAUAUGAAGUUUACCAACCUAGAAGAAGCCACAACAUGUGAGGUGAAAGAUGGAAUGGUAAGGAUUCGAAAUACAAAACUUCCAGUCUGUAAGCCAGAUAACAUCACUAAAGUCCCGAACAUAUUGUUUUAUGAAAAUAAUCAGCAUCUGAUUGUUAUGGAGGAUAUGCUCAAAGAUUAUUCCUUAGGAGAGCAUUUGCUGUUGGUAGGGAACCAAGGAGUGGGCAAGAAUAAGAUUGUAGACAGAUUCCUACAGCUAUUAAAUCAGCCCAGAGAAUACAUCCAACUCCAUCGUGAUACCACAGUGCAGACAUUAACAUUGCAACCAACUGUACUGAAUGGUGUCAUCAUGUAUGAAGAUUCACCUCUGGUGCGUGCUGUGAAAGAAGGUCAUGUUUUGGUUAUAGAUGAGGCAGACAAGGCGCCAACACACGUCACGUGUAUUUUGAAGACACUUGUGGAAUCUGGAGAGAUGCAUAUGGCUGAUGGCCGCAAAAUAGUCUCUGCCAAUUCUCGAGUGCCACCUUCUGAGAAAACCAUCGUGACACACCCUAAUUUUCGUAUGAUUGUCUUGGCUAAUCGACCUGGCUUCCCAUUCCUUGGCAAUGAUUUCUUUGGCGCAGUAGGAGACAUCUUCAGCUGUCAUGGAAUAGAUAAUCCAGACAUGGACUCUGAGAUUGCCAUGCUCCAACAAUAUGGACCAGAUGUUUCCAAUAACAUUCUCAGGAAGUUGGUUCUGGCAUUUGGUGAACUAAGAAAUUUAGCCGAUCAAGGGCUGAUCAACUACCCUUAUUCCACCCGUGAAGUUGUCAAUAUGAUUAAGCACCUGCAGAAAUUUCCAAAUGAAGGCCUCACAACUGUGUUGAAGAAUGUUUUUGAUUUUGACGCUUACAAUGAAGAACUGAGGGGGACCAUAAUAGAUAUCAUGGCAAAACAUGGUAUACCCCUAGAGGCCAGUGACAGCCAAGUGAAACUAACCAAGGAGCUUCCUUUACCAAAAUUUGAACGUCUUGGACAAUGGAGAGUUGCUUCUUCAGGCAUUCGGCAGCAAAACAUCUUCAGCUGCCCUGUAACCACCAAGCCUCUUGAUAUAAAGGGACCGCUGCCACUGCCACAAGAAGUUAUAACUAUUGACCGGACUGAAAGUCGUUCCAAUACAUUUACUGAGAGAGAAGCCCAAUGUUUGCUUCCCCUUGAUGAAGGUAACAUUGUCGCUGAUUUGGCUGUUACCAAAGCUGAGCAUCGUAGUGCUGGCCAAUCUAUCAAAGAUAUGAUCCAUGUGGCCACAUGUAACCCAAUUUCAGUGAUUAGCAUUGAUGCCAAGUCUGUUCACGGGAAACUCACUGAACUGUAUGAACUGUUCCCACCAGUCAGCAUGGCAUAUCGGCCAAAAGUGAAACUGACAGCCCUCUCUGCACCACUUGAUGAUACACUAAUACUACAUGAGGAAUGCACAAAUGCACUGAUGAGCCUUAACUACGAAACAGGGGAAGUGGCACGACUAAAGUCUGAAUAUUUACCAGAGAUUGCAAUAGAGAAGAGGAAAUUCCUGCAGUAUGGUGUUAAACCCAAAAAGAAUAAUCCAUUUGUCAUGCUUGGUUCCACUCUACCAGAUUCCAACAUUAUCACCUUUUACAAAGAAAACAGUGACACUGUUAUUCUUGUCGACCCACUCCAGUGUCUCUCUCACCAAGUCAUUCUGCCAGUGAAAAUCCGCUGCCUUCAGAUUGUCGACGCCAAUAAAUGGAUUAUUACGGACUCCAGUACUAACCAGAAAUAUUUACUAACAUCAAAAGAAGCUGACCAAUUCCGUUUACAAUUCAUUGAAGAACAUGACGGUGAGAUUGACAAUGAAAUAACAGCUGCCACAUCACGGCCAUGUGACGAAAUCACUGUGAAGAAGAUACUAGGAGAUGACACUUCUGCAGGUCCUAACCGUCUCCUCACUACACCUGAUACCUAUGCAGUUCUUACCCUUGGCUUCCCACCAAAUAGUGAGACUACAACAAAUGAGGUUUACCAGAUUCCUCGAGGGGAGCAGACUUAUGUUAGUAAUGAUGACUUUCUCAGUUUACACAAACUCCGUCAACAUGUGCCUCCACAGUCAAGUGUACCUGUGUUACUACCAGAAUCUGGUCAAGUUGUCCGUGCUAUUGAGCCUGAGUAUGUGCCUAAGUCAGCUGAAGUCACAAAAAAUGAUUUACUAGAUGCUGCAGGUUUUCUUGAAAUUGCUGAUUUAGUGAACAAGAAAUUAAGAUAUUUGAAUGUCCCAAGCUCAGGACGUUCUCCACCAUAUAGUUUCUGGCUGAUGCAGCCCGCUGACACAAGUCUGAAGUUAGCCUCACUCAGUGGUGAAGGACUUGUAACAGUUGACUCCAGUGGUUAUGUACAACUGUGGGAGACAUCGUUGGUCCAUUUACAGCGCUCCCUCCAGGAAUGGCGUAAUAUGAUUGGUUAUGAAGAUACACGCCCACUCCAUAUUAACUAUGAGCGUGACAGUGGCAAGUCAGCUGAGUUCCCUAAACAUGGGAAAAUAGAUCCUGAGAAUGCCCCACAUGUUGGGGGAAAUACCUGGGCUGGAGGAACUGGGGGUCGUGACACAGCUGGUUUAGGUGGAAUUGGUGGUCCAUAUCGGCUUGACAGUGGACACAACGUCUUCCAGGUUUCCCAAGCUGAAAAAGAUGCUGUCCCAGAAGAGGUUCGAAGAGCUGCUCAAGAAAUGGCUGCAAAAGCAUUCAAAGAAAGAUUAAGGGAGAUUAAUAUGAGUGAAUAUGAUGCUGAAACCUAUGACAGUUUUGCCCAGUCUGUCCGACGUCAAGUGCAGUCACUCCGGGUGAUACUUGAUACUCUCCAGGCAAAAGGCAAGGAACGUCAAUGGUUAAAACAGCAGCCUCAGGGAGAUCUUGAUGAAACAAAGUUGAUUGAAGGAAUUGCUGGUGAGAAAGCAAUUUAUAAGCGCCGAGGAGAGCAAGAACCUGAGCUUGGAGCACCAAUGGAACUACCGAAGCGUCUCCGCCUUGUCGUUGAUGUAUCUGGCAGCAUGUACCGCUUCAACGGUCACGAUCGUCGGCUCGAAAGAGAAAUGAGUGCAGUGUUGAUGGUAAUGGAAGCGCUUGAAGGCUACGAUACCAAACUGAAGUACGAAAUCUUUGGUCAUUCUGGAGAGAACUAUGACGCACCCUUUGUGAAAGCUGAUCAAGCUCCGAAGAACAAGAAAGAGAGACUUGUUGUUUUAAAGACUAUGCAUGCGCACUCACAGUUCUGCCUGAGCGGAGACAACACUUUAGAAGCAACGAAGCAUGCUAUCGACUCGGUUGCCAAAGAAGAAGCUGAUGAACACUUUGUCAUCAUCCUAAGUGAUGCCAACUUUGAACGGUAUGGUAUCAGUGCUAGGAAGUUCUCAGAACUGCUCACCGAAAACAAGGAAGUGAAUGCUUUUGCCAUUUUCAUUGGAUCUCUUGGAGACCAGGCUGUCAGGUUGACAAAACAGCUUCCAAUGGGCCGAGCUUUUGUGUGCAUGGAUACAGACAAACUACCUCAGAUAUUACAACAGAUAUUCUCGUCAACAAUGUUAUCAUCUGAUUGAUGACAAGGAAGCAAUGUGUGUCAUGCCGUUUAGAACUUUCAUAUUUGAUAGCAUUAAAGAUGCACGGGCAUGUUAGAUGCACUCUAAUUUCAACAGCACAUAUUCAGGAGAUAAAGAUUUUAGUGCAUUAACACUUAUGGGAAGCCCAACUUUGUACAUAAGACCCAAAGUGAUUUUUUUGAGACAUUUGUUGGUGGGAAAAUAGUAUGUCCUAUAUGCCAUUAAAUACAGUUUUCUAUGAACUGCUAAACUGUGGUGACAAGCAAUCAGAACAUUUUAUAACUCUGCUAUUAAGUCAACUUCACAUUUUUUUCCCAGCUUAUACCAUUUUUACAAACUACAUCACUUAGCACAAACCAACGAAGGGGGAUCUCUAUGUGGUCUGGUUACUUGAUCUGUUAGAAAUUGUAACUUAAGUCUCCUCAGAUUGUAUCAAGCUGUCUUAACCCUUUAUCAUUUAAACCGGUAAUUAUCCAGCCCAAAUGUUCUACCAGUUUUAUGUCCAAACUGGGCAUAUGUGGCCUCUCACACUUACUCUUCAAUGUCAUUCUAAAAAUAUACUAUCACAUCCUUGAAAUCUCAAAGUUAUGAGAUAAAGUAUGAUUAAUUCAAAACAAAGUGAAUAAAUAAGUAUCAAAUAAAUAAGUGUUACAUCUGAAUGAUAAAGGGUUAAUUUGAAAGGAUUUAUUGGAUUAAGUCAUUCUGGAUGUUUGCAUAUUGGAAAAAGAUGGUAUUGGCAUGGAUGGAAUGUCUUUGAUUGUUCAUCUCCUUGGUCAAAGAUGACCUGUAGCUAAACAACAAUGGCAAAAAAAAUAACCAUAUCAUCAUCAUCACUACACUCAAGUCAAUGAAAGGAAGCCUUUAUGUGGUCACUUGAUCUGCUAGAAAAAGUAACUAAAUCUCUCUCAAAUCAUCUGAUUGACUUAAAAAAUAGUGGUCACUUGUCUAAUAUGUUCUUGAUUUCCUUGUAUAGAGGAAAAAGGCAAGAUGGGCAUGUCUGGAUUACCUUUAAUCAUAGGCUUUUUUUUCCAUCAGGGCUAAACUAGGGCUAAACAACAACAGUAACACUACAGCCUCUACAAUGUCACUUGGCCAACUAGAAAAGGCUGUGUAAACUUUCUGUAAAUAUUCCUAAUUGAUUUUAAAAAGGGAAGAAUACAUAUGUAUCCAAGAUAAGAAGUCGUAAGUACAUUCAUACUUUUGAAUGAAAAAAAAAGAAGGGAUGGUCAUGGCUGGGAUGUCUUCUAUUAAAUGCCUUCUCAGUCAAAAUUAAUGUAGGAUUAAACAGCUGCAGUAGGGACUUUCCUACACACAAACCAAUAAGAGGGCUUCUACAUGGUCACUCAAAAUGUGGGAGAAAGCAGUCAAUUAUCUCCUAAGUCAUCCUAAUGUCUUUAAAAAAAGGAGAAGGAAGAAGAUAUUGGCAAAUAUAGUUCUAAAUAUUCCAGUGUCUGAAUAUAAGAUGGUGAGGUCAUGGCUGGAAUGUCUGUUUGAUCAGGAUUAACCUGCAGCUAAACUACAUCACUACCUUGUUUCAUUUGAACCAUUUGGAUUAUGUAAUCCUAGAUACACUAUGCCUGAAUAAACAAUGAGACAUAUGAUGUCAUUGAUCAUAUGUUUGUCAACCCUGUCAAGGCUGACCUGUGGCUAAAUACAUAUUUGGAGCAAAUAAUACUGGCAGUGCUCAGUUAAUGCUGUUAUUAUUUGUAGUAGUAAGGGUUGGGGAAUAGCUGUAGGGCUACAUUAGUAGGGCCAAGACAUGAAGAAAUGAGUCACUCAAGAGUCCAAAUCUUGCUACAUUCAAAUUCUUCUUACUUCUUCCUCUCUCUUUGCUUUUUUUCUCUAUUUGAUAAAUUGUCAGACUUUUUUUUCUUAAUAUUUCCUGCAUGGUAUUAGUCAAUCUAGAGCUAUAGGAAGAAAUAUUUAAUGUGCCCAUACAGCAGGAAUGGACCUGGAACCAUUUGGUUGCAAAAGAAACUUCUGAACCAGUUCUGUCUGCACCUCUUUUUAUAUAAAAAAAAAUAUUAAAAAAUAGUGAAGUACAUAUGUUGUUUGGUCCCAAGUCAACCUUGGCUGAGCAGAUCUGUGAUAAAAAGACAUUGCAACCACGACCAUCCUGUCUUUUUGUAUAUCUAAGAGUAAAGACUAUAAAGACUAUAGUCUUCGAUAACAACUAGUGUGUGCUUUAACCCUUUAGCAUCUAAGGCAGCCAUAUCCAUCUAAAAUAUUUUACCUGCUUUAUGUUCAAAUCAGCUAGAUUCUGGCUUCUCACACUACGCUUUAAUGUUAUUCUAAAAAUAAGCAAUCACAUUGUCAAAAUCUCAGAGCAAUAAGGCAAUGCAUGAUGAAUUCAUAUCAAUACGAAUAAAUGAGUAUUACGUUUGAUAGAGAAAUCUGAAUGCUAAAGGGUUAAGGGAAUUUGAUUGCUAUUUCUAGCAAAUCAAGUAAUUAUAUAAGGCUCCCUUGUUGAUGAUUGUGGUGAUUAUUGUUGUGGUACUGUUGGGGAUUUCUGGAAAUUCUUUGACUGUUGACCAUUUUUGUUUUACAUUUAAAAAAAAAAAAUUGUGAAUACAUUUUGUAAGCUGAAAAUAAAUUUUAAAUUGUUCAGAUUAAACUAUUGGUGAA